ACACACACUUCAACAGACCACUCUACGCUCUCACACACACACACACACACAUACACACCCCCUUUCCACUAAAGUCACUCCGUCAGUGCACAUUAGACCUAUUCACUCCCUCCACACACACACACACACUUAACACACGCGAUGGUGGAGGAAUCUUUAUCUGGCCAGCUUCUCUACAUGAUGGGUGUGCUGCUGGCUGUGUUCUCCAUGUCCAUGUCCACCUCAGUGGUGGUGCGUGAGGGUCAGUCGGUCCAGAUGAACUGUUCAUUUGACGUAAAGGAGACGGGAUUCACCUCAGUCACCUGGCUGAGACAGACCGACCAGUCCACUCCAGUGUCCAUCCUCACAGCUUUGUAUAACUACCAGAAGAAUGAUGCAAGGAAAGCAAAUUACCACAAUGGAUUCAGCAGCAAACGCUUCACAUGGACUAUAGUGGCCAACAGCAUCUACACGUUACAGAUCAGAGAUGUGAGUGUGUCUGACUCUGGACUUUACUACUGUGGGAUGCAGCCUGUGGACCACAUGGUCUAUCACAAUGCCACCUACUUAACCAUCACAGAUCAGACUGACGCUGAACCUACAGAGAAAGUAAAGGAGGAAGGUUCUCUUCCUGCGGGACGGUUCUGCAGUGGGGUGUGUGGAACCGUGGUUCUAGUCCUGGGGGUUCUCAGCGCUGUUCUCAAUGUGGUGCUGUUCAUCCUGAUCCUGACCAAACACAGAGGUGGACUCAGACAGAACACGGAGUCCAGUGGUCAGGCUCACUCUCCUCCUGCCCAGGUUCAGGAUUCAGACUCUAUGAACUAUGCAGCUUUGACCUUCUCUGGCAAGAAGAAGAAAAGAAGCAACUUUAACCUCCAGACCGACAACCCACACGUCAUAUACGCUGCCACUAGAUAAACAGCAUAUGUACCAACCCACACGUCCUAUACGCUGCCACUAGAUAAACAGCAUAUGUACCAACCCACAUGUCCUAUACGCUGCCACUAGAUAAACACCAUAUUUACCAGAAAACACACACAUCUCUUUCUGAAACACACAUUGGUGGAUGUAUGUGUUAAUGUUUUGUUCUUUUGUAUAUGCCAUUCAUUUAUAGUAAAAACUGUUGCAUUCAA